GACCCAUUUACUCCGACUUCCUCCCAUUAUAUUGGUGGUACGUUUUUAUAUUCUGCAAUGGCACUCCAGUGAAAGCUUCAACAUAUGGCAUUGAUCCUAUUUAUGACCUUUUUAGGGAGGAUGAAAAUUCUAGCCCAGAAUGUAAUAAUCCCCAUGAGAACUGUGUUUAUCAGCCUUAUUCCAAACAACAAUAUUUCUGAUCCAAACCCCAUUCUUUUUGGAAAACAAGCUUCCUCCCAUUACUCAUUGUCUGCUUUACUGGCUAUUAUGAGGUCAUCAGAAAAUACCAGGUUAAUCACUUUCAGAGGAGACCGCAUGAACUUGAAACCCUUUUCCUUGGUUUGGUGCUGAAGAAGCCUUGUUAGGUAUUCCAUAACAAGAACAAAAAAUAGUAGAGAUAAAGCUAAGAGUCUCCCUGCCUAAGUCCCUUUCCCCCCCUGAAAAAUCAUGUGUUUCACCACUAAUCAUCAAAGAAAAGCUUGAGCUUGUU